AUGCCUUCAUGUUUCGGAGGCUCGCCAUCAAACAUAACUAUGAGAGACUGCGUGUGCAACAAGUUGAUGAACCGGCGAUUCCGUACUCUCUUGCGCCACUAUUUCGACUACGACGAUGACGACAACGGGCUCUCCCCCGAGAAGGACGACGGACUCUCUCACGGACUCUCUCCUGGAGAGGUUCUCGCUGAGCUUGACAGCAUCUGCAAAGCCUUCCAGGAAUCCCUUAUCUUCCACAAUGAGGCCUACUCCAGAGCCCACUGGAAUGUAGCAGUCUACAACCCCAUGCUGCGCGUUGCCAUGAUGUGGACUUUCUUUCCGAUGGAGCCCGGCGGUAGUGGUGGAGCCCGAUGGUGGUGGUGGAGCCCGGCUUGA